UUAUUUUCUUUCCUGGCUGGUUUUCACUUCCCUAGUUUUUUCUUGCAAAUAUGAAGCGACUCCACGUAGUUAAUUUUCAUGUAACACUAAUUUAAUUGUUUAUUUUGGUUCUCCUAUCUACCUUAAAUUUUAGGCAAGUGGCUUUUCAUAAUUUGUGUGCAUUUACACGUAUCAUGGAAAACAACACAGAUCAUUCCGACCAAAACAACUACAACCCGCUGUCUGUCCAAGACGUAGAUGUUGAUUUUUUACCGAUUGUGUAUGAAAUUAUACGAAGCGUUGAGCGGGACUACCACGACAACUCUGCAAAGGCUCGCGAGUCUGCGGACUGCAGUCACAAAGUCCUAGAGCUUCAGAAAAAGCUUGACAUAGCGCGUUCCCAGAUCAAGCGUCUUCCUGGCAUAGACUACAACAAGCAAGAUCAGCUAAAGCAGUUUGAGAUUCUACGCACACAGUUGCGUCUGAAACGUGAACUCCUGCAGAAGUACUGGAACAUGUGCUCAUUUGAGACCUCAUUCAAGUGACCAUCGUGAAAAUGCCGCUGCGUUCUUUGUUCAGAUACUUGGCCAACAAUGAACACCUUGUGCAGAAGUUAGCAGAGUCUUACCCGGUAAGGCGGGCUGCUCAGUUGGCAGUCUCCAUAUUCUAUAGAGGAAAGGAAAAAUUGUCU